AUGAGUCAACUAAAUGCAGAUGCUAUCAUCACUCUUGUCAGUGCAAUCCCUGCUCUUCUCGUCGCAUCUCUGAGUGCCUGGCUUGCCUAUUUGACACUGCAUCACCGAAACACUUCUCGCAAUGACAUUGAAACUUCAACAAUCGAAUUUAUCGUUGCACACACUAGCACUACAACUGUGAGGCCUGAACCGCAAACAUCAUCAUCUCAAACUUCAAGUACUCUUUUGAUAGAGGUGCCAUGCGAAACCAUGCCCCAGCUGCCACCUGCUGCUCUCUUGGGUAACUUCGACUGGGAGUCGAGACAAACUCGGCUCUUACCACCCCCCACCAUGGCAGACCAAGACCAACUCAUCAAUGUAGGUAAUCCUAACCAAUCGACCCAUGUCAUGCUUGAUUUUAUUGGACAUGCUAACAUUGUUGCUUAG